CGCCCGAGCCUCUGCGCGCCCAUGCUAACCCGCUGCUGGCCUGGGGUCGCGAUGCUGUGCCGCUCGGGUGCCUGGUGUCUCCGGUCCCUUCCCGCCCUGCGGCCCCGGGCACUGGGAUCGCCCCCGGGCUGGAGCAGCGCGCGGCUCCCGGCUCUGCCGCUAUGGGCGGCCGCAUCAGUGUCGGCGGCCUCUCCCGGCGGCUGGUAUGAGGCCCUGGCCUCGUCGGCGCCGGUGCGCGCGGCGGAGGAAGUGCUGCUGGGCGCUCACGAGGCCACGGGCCUCCCCUGGUGGGGCAGCAUCGUGCUCAGCACCGUUGCCCUGCGCGGUGCUGUCACGCUGCCGCUGGCCGCCUAUCAGCACUACAUCCUGGCUAAGGUGGAAAACUUGCAACCAGAAAUAAAAGACAUCGCCAAGCGCCUUAAUCAAGAAGUUGCAGUUUGUGCACAUCAGUUUGGUUGGUCCAAGAGAGUUGCCAGGCUCACUUAUCUAAGGAACAUGCAGAGACUUGUUUCAGAGCUGUAUGUCCGUGACAACUGCCAUCCUUUCAAAGCCACGGUGUUGGUCUGGGUCCAGCUUCCAAUGUGGAUCUUCAUAUCUGUUGCCCUCCGCAACCUUAGCACAGGGGCCACACAUUCAGAAGCAGGUGUUUCUGUUCAGGAGCAGUUAGCUGCUGGCGGGACACUGUGGUUUCCUGAUCUCACGGCAGUGGAUUACACCUGGAUUCUGCCUGUCUCGCUUGGUGUGGUCAACUUACUGAUAGUGGAGAUUUUCUCUCUACAAAAAAUUGGAAUGUCUCGUUUUCAUAUGUACAUUACAAACUUUGUCCGUGCUGUAUCGGUGUUGAUGAUCCCCAUUGCCGCAACAGUACCUUCGUCGCUUGUUCUCUACUGGCUGUGCUCCAGCCUCAUGGGCCUCUCACAGAAUCUGCUGCUGCGCUCCCCUGGGUUCCGCCAGCUUUGCCGGAUACCACCCACCAAGUCGGACUCGGAGACCCCUUACAGAGACCUCUCUGCUGCCUUCUGUGCCAAGUUCCUUUCAAGAAAAUGAUACCAGCCACUUCCAAUAUGUUUGAAAUAAUUAUAGACGUCACUGUCAGUUUUGUAUAGCAAUCUUAAAAGACUUUAUUUAAACUAUAAAGCACUGUGGGAAAGAUGUAAGUUAGAUGUAGUUGACAAUAAUAGUUAAAUCUUUUAAGUAUUAAGAAAAAAAUGUUCAGUUGCAAAAGUGUGACAAUAAGACAGGAUGCCUGAACUUCUUCAUAAAAUCAUAGCUUUGCUGAGAACAGGACUAGGUCCUGUGUGAUCUCUGUGUCAACUGUCCACAUAAUAAAGUUUUGUAAAUUAAA